GACCUGGCAAUGCUGAACGCCCAGAAGAAACGCAAAAAGGACCCAAGGAUCGCCCGAUUACCCCUCAUGGUGUUCGCCGACAACUUUUACUUGCUUGCCAGCUCCGCUCAGAUGCUGAGAGCAAUGUGGACAGAAUGGCACCGUAUCUUACGCCAGCGCUUUGCUUGCACGGUCUUGCUCAGCGACUGUUUCUGGCUCACGACCGCCAAGGACUCGGCGGCGACGCUGCGCUUGGAAGAAG